UUUUGGUCGGUCGAGGACGCGGUUGAGGACGACCUGGUUGACACACCGUACUAUUCAUCCGGGUUCAUUUGCAUCAUGUGCUCCGGUUGAUUUUGCUGCUGUAAUUGUUACGCCAAAACACCGGACAUCCGACAAAACGUUCUCGACGGCCCUUUGGAUAUUAUAAAAAACAACACCUUUGUAGAACUAACUAAAUAAUAUUACAAAAUGAAAUUUCAAAUUUAUACAUUUUUAUUAACACUUUGUACAACUUCAUUCGCUGAUCAUGAAUCUGCCGUAUCAGCUAUUGUUAAAGAAGAACCACAAAAAUCAAUGACUUUGAAAAAUGGUUACCACCCAGGAUUAUAUCCAUUUAAUAAAGGAGAACCAUUUAUCAUAGACCCUAAUGUUGGUUCUAUUGACUUUAAUACAAAAUCACCUAAUCAAAAAUCUGAAGAAUACUACGAUUAUGACACUAAACUAGAAGAAGUACCUUAUGACUAUAAAGGUGACCCAAUAGAUAGAAAAGAUGUAGGCGAUAUCAAUUUACCUAGACCUAAUGAAAUAACACUAGCCAAUAAUAAAAACAAACAAACUGAUAUCUACCAGUUUUUAAAUUUACCUGUAAAGUACAGUUCUAGUGACAAAUUUCCUUUGAUGUCUAGCUCGUAUGCAAAUACAAAAGUUCAAGGAGCUGGAUCUUCCUUAAGUAAUCAUAAAAUUUUACAAAUUCCUAGUUCUACAUUAGCAUCAACCACAAGGUAUACUACUUUAAAAACUACACCCAAAACUACAACUGAAACUCAAACCAAAAUAACUUCAACUAUUACUACUACAACACAAAAAUCUUAUUCAGAAUACGAAGAAGAGUCUUCAUAUGAUUAUGAUUAUUAUCACCCUCAAGAAUCUAUUUCAGAAACUACAAGUAAUGUUGUUACAUCUUCUACAUCUACAAGUAAUCCAUCAAGUACAACUGUCCAAAAUAAAACUCCAAUAAUUGCGACAGAAUCAACAACUAUGUAUAAAAUUAAUACAUCAACUACAACACCUCUAGUAGAAGCAAGUAUUUAUUCUAUGUCGUUUUUUCCAAAUAAAACUGCAACAACAACAACUACAACCUUACGACCAGAAAUAGAUUCAAAACAUGAUGGUGCGUCUUUUCCUGACUUUGACAGUGUAAAAUCAACAGAAAAAAAUGAUCAAGUACAUUCACAAACCUUUAAACCAAUAUCAGUUAAUAACAAAUUCAAUGAAAAAACGUAUCCUUUAAUGACCAAUAACAAAAAUCCCAUGACAUUUACGGCUCACGUAUCAUCAGGCAUUUCUUUAAAUAAUAAAGAACAUGAAAUAAUACAUCCAUCUGACUUAAAAUCACCACAGGUAAAAGAAGAAUUAGCAUAUUCUAUUAAAAAUCAAAAUUUCAAUACAUCAAAAGAAAUUCUAAUUGACCCAACUAGACUUAUAUCGAAUAACAAACACGAUAUCAUUCCUGGAUCCUUAGAUUCUAACUAUCAAAAGGUUCAACAGCAUAAAGUUGUCAGCUCAGAUCAACCAGAAAUGUUAUUUUAUAAGGUUAAACCCAAUACAUCAUCUUUUCCAAAUGCAGGUUUUGUUCUAAAUAGACCUCAAGGGCCACAAAUAGUAAGUCAUCCAUAUCAACCAGAGCUACCAUUAGUAAAAACCACUCCAGAAGAAUUAAAAAAGAAACCAUCAAAUACGGAAAUAUAUCAAAACCAUCCUUACAUAUAUAAUGUAGCAGAAUCAGAAAGAUAUCAUAAACUAAAACCUCAAAGUAUUGUGUCCCAAAGUCAACCAGAUACAUCCAAGUUUAAACCACCCAAACAUGUAAUCAAUCAUUUUAUAAAAACUCAGCCAAAUGAAGAUAACAAGAGCUAUGCUCUUCAAACAUCAUUUUCUAUUGGUAUGGCUGGAGAAAGAACUGAUAACCGCCCAGGACAAGGCAUCGGUCAGGUUUUAAUGGUUGAAGACUCUUCACUAGAAAGUAAAGUUAAUCAAUCAGUCCCAGUGAAAUUUAAAUCACCUACCCCAACCUCUGUACCAUUGAUACCACCUUCAAGACUGACAUUAAAACCAGAUGGAGGGUUUCCACGACCUCAAUGGGGAAAUCUUCAAAAACCAUCUCCUUACUAUCCACCUCCAAAACGUGAAGGUCCACCACCAACUCCACCCCAAAGAACAAAUUUACCUAAUAUUUUACCGCAAUUUAGGCCUAAUGCAAAAGUAGAUUCUUUACCAUUACCUCCACAACAUGCAGCCUCAAUCGAAAGAGUACAGAUUCCAAUGGAUCAUUUACGUCCUCCUCCUUUACCAAAGCCUCAAUUUUUAAGAUUAGAAAGAAACGAUGAAGAUAUGGGUGAAGAAAAAUUAGAUGUACCAGAAAAAGAAACAAGAAUUUUACAUACCAACGGGCCACCACCGGCAAAAGUUACUACAUUACAAAUGAUUCAACAAGGAUCUUCACCAAAGAUCCAAGAAGAUAACAAAGAGAAACCAGUACAUAUUAUAUACGCAACAAACAAUUCGCCUAAACCAUUAAUAGACAAAUUACUAGAUGAUCCCAUUAUAAUAGAUUCUAAGGAUAGAUCGGAUGUACCAAUUUUAAAAUCUAAAAAUGUUAAUAAACCAAUAAAAACUGAUUUCCCUUAUCAAAUAAUAAAACCAGAUGAAACACAAAAUAUUUCAUCACUUGACUAUAAUGCAUUUAGUCCAACAAAACCAGACACAACGAAACCAAACAAUGACCAAGGACUUUUACCAAACCUACAAGAUUAUGUACCUAUGUCAACUCAUAGUUCAGGCUCUAUUUUUGUAACGCCCCCAAAACCCAUAACAGCAACUUUGAAAACUACUGAAGACAACCAUAAAAAUAUAAAUGAAGGAAAUCAACCACCCUUGCAAAAUUUUCAAAUUCCUUUUCAACCUAGCCUAAAAAUUCCAGAAAAUAGUAACGGAUGGUCAGUAAUUCGAAAAUCACAAGUAGAUGCUUCAGAAAAAAUAGAUGAAUUUGAUGACGUUGUUGCACCGACUGAGAAAUUUGAUCCAGAUAAAUUUAAACCUCAAUUAGUAGGUGGAUUUAUGCCAAUAUCAUUACAUCAAGAAGAAUCAAUUGAAAAAGAAGUAUAUGAAAAAUCUGAUAAAACAAAAGAAUAAUUUAAAUUGCUAAAAAAUAAAUAAUUAACAAAAUUUCCCAUUAUUAAAAACCUGAUUUUUGUAAAUAAUGUAUAAUAAAAUAUUUUUAGCUUUUUAAGCUAAGGUAUUGUAAAAAUAUUUUCAUGAUCGUAUUCUAUACAAUUUUUGGUAAUUAAUUUAAAAAAAUAAAUUUUUAUUUUUAUAUA